AUGUACUUGUGGGCUCUUCUUAUACCAUACGCGAGAAAAACUGUCGGAGGCGGCGAUAUGUCCAACUCAGGAUUCAACAAGCCUAUAGUUGCAUGCACGUUGAUAAAUACAAUGAAGGAAUUAGAACUUCUUGUCGGGUUGGGCAACUUAGGAAAUGUUUCUUGCCGUUCAAUCGUACAACCUCGACAAAAAUUACAAAAAUCGGAGCCUAUGGAAAUUGCAAGCUGCGUGCGAAACUACACCAAUGAGUAUAGAAUCCAGCAAAGAACCCUAGGUCCACAAAUCGCACAAGAAAAACAAAAGAAGGAGGCGGAUUCGUUUUCACAGAAUUCAAGUCUCUUAGAAACCAGAAUAGGCACCGAUUAUUCAAGGCUGCCCAACAAGUCAACCCAAUGCGGACUCUCUUCCCUUAAAAAGGAAAAAAACUCUAUAUCAAAGCAAAAUUAG